AUGAUUCUCAACAUGAUGAUUCAUUUUUCACAUCAACAAUCCACUCAACCUUUUUGCAUUUUCAAGUUACCAGAUGGUCGAGUGAUUGAUUUAAAUCGAGCAACGAGACCAGAUUCAGAUUAUCAUGUUUACAAUGCACAAUUGAAUUAUGAUUUUUAUGUGAAUUUAUGUAAAGAUGCUAGUGUGCCAUGUAAUGGACAGAAUUAUGCUGGAGUGGCUACGUAUACGCGUGGAAGUGAGUUGAUGUGUGGAACGUAUAUGGCUGGAAAAUCAAUUGCAGAUAAUUAUCAAAUUUCUCUCAUUGAUUCCUCCAAGCCAGAGCUAGGUGUUACUGUUCAAGUCAAUAAUGGUGAACGUUUCAUGAACAAACAAGAAAGUAUGAAAAUUACCAUGAAUUGCAAACCUAAUGGUGAUCCUGUCAAAUCCUUUUCCUUUUUAGGAGAAGUCACCACUCAAACUUCCAUUUCCUAUGAAUUCACAAUGGACACUCCACACUCAUGUAUUGUUGAAGAUGUUCCAUUAGGAGGUCUUGGAUACUUUGGUCUAACCAUGCUCAUCAUUUUCAUUCUCUUCCUCUUGUAUUUCAUUAUUGGAUAUUUCUUAAAUACAUUGGUAUUGAAAAAGAGUGAAGGAUGGGGAAUUUCACAACUUCCUCAAUUCGAAUUUUGGAAAAAUGUACUCUUAUUGAGUUGGGAAGGAAUUUUAUUGAUUAAGGAUGGAAUUCAAUUGGUGAUUUUUAAAUAUAUUUUGAAGAGAAGUGUUUAUAAUGCUAUUUAA